AUGGCGACGGUCGCACCAGUAAAUCCCAAGCCCUUUCUUCAGGAGCUUACCGGAAAGCCCGUGUUCGUUCGUCUCAAAUGGGGAUUAGAGUACAAGGGUUACCUCGUUAGUACCGACAGUUACAUGAAUCUUCAGCUCGCCAAUACGGAAGAGUUCGAAGACGGCAAGUCAAACGGUGCUCUGGGCGAAGUCUUUAUUAGGUGUAAUAACGUUCUAUACAUAAGAGAAGCACCUUCGGACACAUAG